AUGGAAGCUAAGAAUUACCCCGAGUUUCUAGUUAUUAUGAAAUUUUUAUGCGGGGGGAGACUAGUGUUUGGUCCAGACGCAUCUUCUCUUCUUUUGACCACAUGUAUGAUAGGAGGUCCAUCUAUCACUUUCUGCAUCAGAAUAGCUUUCUUGAUCGGACAUCGCCGCCCUUUGUUCCAUUCUCUGAUUUUGAUUGGUGCAACUCUUCUCACAAUCAUGGACUUCACGUUUCUCUUCUUGACAUCAACGAGAGACCCUGGUAUUAUCCCAAGGAACAAAGAAACUCCCUCUGAGGUUAUCACACAAUCACUUGAAUGGAUGAGUAACAAAGUAGGAAACACUAAACUGCCUCGAACAAAAUAUAUAAUAGUGAAUGGCUUCACCGUCAAGGUUAAGUUCUGCGAUACCUGUAAGCUAUACCGUCCUCCUCGCGCCUCUCACUGCUCAACCUGCAACAACUGUGUCCAAAGGUUUGAUCAUCAUUGUCCAUGGGUAGGUCAGUGCAUCGCCUUGCGUAACUAUCCGUUCUUCGUAUGUUUCAUAUCGUGUUCAACCCUCCUCUGCAUCUAUGUAUUUGUCUUCUCAUUGAUGAGCAUGCUUGAAGUCCAUGGCCAAUUCUAUGUACUCAUCGCUGAUGACUUGAUACUAGGUGUUCUUGCUCUUUACUGCUUUGUUUCCGUAUGGUUUGUUGGUGGACUUACUGUCUUCCACCUCUACCUAAUCUCUACCAAUCAGACGACGAGUGAGAGUUUUCGGUACCAUUAUGAUAAGAAGGAGAACCCUUACCGAAAGGGCGUCUUAAAGAACUUCAAGGAGCUGUUAUUGGGUAAAAUCUCACCACCUUUGAGGUGGUCAGAGCCUUUGGGUCUCCGAGACAUGGAAAUGAGCAGUAGCAAACCAGGUCAUGGUAGCUGCAGUUUGCGCCUUCAGAAGCUGGAGUACGGAAGUAAUAUUGAUGCAAGUGUCAAGAAGAUAAGUGUAGAUGAAGGCGCUGCAUGGAUUGGCACGGUUUAA